AUGGUAAAGUUUCGAAAUGCCGCUGCUGCUUUUAAGGCUCUAAACGGAUUGAUUUGCGUUUAUAAACCAGCUUGUGUUCCAAUUCAGCAAAUACAACAUACUAUUUUAACCAAUUUGUGCCGUGAUCUCAAUGUUUUACCAGAUCGUCCACAUGAAAAGAGGGUGGAGAUUGUAGGUCCCACAAAUGCCCCUAUGACUGUAAAAUUAGUACCAAACUAUGCAGAUAACCCUUUAGUCUGUGGGCCUCGAUAUAUUAAAGAAGACUUCCGCUGCAGUUGGGCAACACACUUAGGGUUAUUUACUAGUGGAGUUUUAUUACUGGGAAUAAAUCAGGGUACUAAACUUACUUAUCUAAUCAACACAGCAAGAUUAACUAGGGCUUAUAAAAUACAUGGACAACUUGGUAAAGCAACAGAUACAUACUUCUGGAAUGGAAAAACUGUAGAGAAAUCUACAUAUGGCCAUGUUACAAGGGAAAAAAUUGAUAAAGUGGUAGCACACAUGCAAGCGGCACAUCAGAAAACUAUGUUUGAAAUGUCUGGAGUGCACAUGGAGUCUCAAACUAUGUUUGAUUUAGCUGCUCAAGGUUUGAUCCGACCAGCCAACAAUAAUUUACCUGUGAUAUAUGGCAUUAAGUGCGUUUAUUUUAACUCUCCUAAUAUUACAUUAGAAAUACAAGCUAUAAAUGAAUAUGAUAAGUACUUAUGGACUAUUAUUCAUGAUCUUGGAGUCCAAUUAAAAACUUCAGCUCAUUGCACAGGGGUCCAGUGCAUACGCCAAGGAAAAUUUGAUCUGGAUAUAGCAUUAUUACGUAAACACUGGCAGUUAGAAUAUAUUAUUGACAAUAUGGACCAAUGCAGAAGACUCAUGGAAGAACAUAGUUUAAUAUUGCAACCAAAAUCGGCAAUAUUGUCUGUGUAG